UGACAUUUUCUCACAACUCUUGGAUGUAGUAGAAAGUGUUAAAAGUAACGAAGCAGACGACGAGGUGCCAGAUAUAUAAUUUAGUUGAUCAUGAACAAGAAAGGAAUCGUCGUUCAAUAUCAUUGAAAUUAAUAGUAAAUAUAAAACAACGAUAUCAUGGAUCAUUUAAUUAUUCUAGUGGCAAUGAUACAUUUAUUGUACUGUCCAUUUACCAAAGUUGAGGAAAGUUUUAAUCUACAAGCUACACACGACCUAUUGUAUCAUGGCUUUAAUUUAUCCGAGUAUGAUCAUCAUGAGUUUCCUGGAGUUGUACCACGUACUUUUCUUGGACCUAUUGUGAUAUCAAGUCUUGCUUAUCCCUUUGUGGCAACUAUUCAAUAUUUUAAUAUUAAUAAAUUUCUUGCUCAAUACAUAGUAAGAGCUACGUUGGGUUUGUUAGUAAUAGGUUCAUUGAAACUCUAUAGAAAUGCGUUAGAAAAUGUCUUUGGUACUAAAUUCACUAAUUGGUUUGUGGCUAUUACGGUAACACAAUACCAUUUCAUGUAUUAUCUUAGCCGUCCUUUGCCAAAUAUAAUGGCUAUGCCUCUAGUAUUGCUGGCGUUAUACGGAUGGUUAAAACAAAAUCAUGUAACAUUUAUUUGGUCAUCGGCAGCAGCCAUAAUCAUAUUCAGAGCAGAACUUUCAAUACUUUUGGGACUAUUCCUUUUAUAUGAUAUAGCCAACCAGAAACUUUCUGUUCCAAGAUUACUCAAAAUUGCUAUACCUGCUGGUAUAUUAUUCCUAGCACUUACUGUUGGAAUAGACACUAUUUUUUGGAAACGUUUAUUAUGGCCAGAAGGAGAAGUAUUUUACUUCAACACGAUUCUCAAUAAAAGUGGAGAAUGGGGUACAUCUCCAUUUCUCUGGUACUUUUACUCAGCACUUCCACGCGGUUUAGCUAUUUCAUAUGUUUUAAUUCCUCUGGGAAUUUUAUGGGACGCACGUGUACGUGCAUUUACUGUACCAGCUAUAAUAUUUGUGGUACUAUUUUCAUUUUUACCACAUAAGGAAUUAAGAUUUAUAAUAUAUGUCUUUCCCUUGCUAAACGUUGCAACAGCAGCUGCAUGUCACAGAAUAUGGGAAAAUAGAGGAAAAUCACCGUGGAAUGGAAUAUUGUCACUAAUCGUUGUCGGACAUUUGAUUUUAAAUGCCAUAUUUUCAAUGUUUCUCUUAUGCGUAGCUAGUUGCAAUUAUCCAGGAGGUUUGGCCAUCGCUAGAUUGCAUAGACUUGAACAAAACUCUACUGAAUCAGUGUACGUACAUAUUGAUAAUUUGGCAGCACAAACCGGAGUGUCAAGAUUUACUCAAACUAAUUCAUCUUGGAUAUAUUCAAAACGAGAAGAUUUAACUUUUACUGAUCCAGAAAUGUUACAAUAUUCGCAUUUAUUAAUAGAAGCCAAAAGCAAAUAUUCACCUAAUAUAAAACCUUAUUUAAAAACUCAUGAAAUUUUGGAUUCAAUCGAUGGUUUUUCACAUAUAACAUUAAAUUAUAAUAUUUUACCACCAAUUAGAAUCAAAACUAAACCAACUAUAUUCAUUAUGAAGAGAAAAGCUAAUAUCAAAUACGAUCCAAAUAAAGCUAAAGUUGUCAAGCCUUCUAUCACGGAUAAUUCAUCUCAAAAUGAUACUACAAUGUCAGAUACAAAUUCAAAUGUAACGAAUGACAUUUUAGAAAUUAUGGAACCGAUACUCGACGACAUCGUUGAAUCUUUGGAAGAAAUUGGAAAACCGUUAUCUUCAAAUGAAAAAUCUUUUAUUAAAACUGAAAUUGAUUCUAUGGAACAAAGAGAAACCUUAUCUGAAGAUAUGUCGGAUAUAUUACCAGAUGGGAAUAAACAACAACUUGUCGAAACAUCUGCAGAUUCAUUAGAUAAUAUUUCUAAAGAAACGGAUAUAAUAAGUCAAGAAAAUGAAUCUGAAAUCAUAUCUGCAGACAACAAAAUUAAUACAAAAGAUAACUUUGAUAUGACUUAUCCAAAGAUAAUAGAAAAGAAUGUUAAUUACGAGAAGGAAUCAUCAACAACAACGACUCAAUUAAAAUCUAAAAGUGGUGCCAUAGGUGUUUCUGAAAAUACUAGUGACGUCAAGGAAACUGUUAAAAAAAGAAUUCAAGAAAAAAUUCUGAUAAAUAAUGUCAAGAAAGAAAUAACUAAGGAAAAAGAUAAUGUAGACCCUGCUAAUAAACUUAAUACGAAGAUUAAAAAAUUAGUGAAAACGAAAGUGGAAUCAAAAGUAAAACCAAAAAGUUUAAUGAAACAAGAAAUAAAGGAGAAGCAACAAAUUGUAAAUGAAGAAAAAAAUAAAGAAGUUACGAUCAAUGUAAAAGAGAGUAUUAGAAACAUUAUAGAUCAAUUUAAAGAAUUUGAAAAAGAUUUUACGUAUGAAGAUUCCAAUUCUCAACAGCAAUGGGCUCAUUUAAAUAAUAAUAAAUAUUCUAACGAGAUAGAUGAAACGAUAGAAAACAAGGAUACAGAAUCAUUAAAUAUUUAUCCUACACAUAAUCAGAACUUGAAAAUCGUUAAGGAUGCUAAAGAAAGUUUAAAAGAAAUAAUAGAUCAAUUUAAACAUCUUAAAAAUGAGUUAAUUUCUGAAGAGGAUGAUAAACUUGAUGAAAUAGCUGGUAAAUAUAUGGAUAGACCAAUAUCAGAAACGUUAAUGGACUUUAGCGAAGCUUUGAAAAAUUUGAUUCAACAUAGAAAGAAAACUAAAGCGAGCCCUGCUGUUACUUUAAGUUUAGACAAUAAAAAAUUAAUUCACACCCAAACUAAUAUACCAAAAACAACAAUCCCGCAAUCAGACAUAAAUGCUAUAAAAAAGGUAAGUCUUAACCAAAUCACAGAGAAAGAUAAAAAACAACACAAAGAUGAAAGAAUAAAAUCGAAAGCACAUCAAGAUGCUUCAAUAGAUAUUUCGACAAUAAGCAGCUCUAGGAUAAACUUAAAUUUAAAUAAAGUUUCUAACAAAAAUGAUCAUGCUGUAAACAUCGACAGAGAAUCUGCUGUACUUCCUCCAAAGUCAGUCAAUAUAGCUAUUGACAUUAGUCAAGAACAAAUUUCUAAAGAAGAUACAAGUAAAACAAAUAAUGAAAAAAGUAGUUGAAGAAGUUGAAUCCUUACGUCACAAAUCAUCUUCUUUAAAACAAGAAAUAUCUUAAGAAUAAUGUAAAUAUGUUUCCUGUGAUAUGAAAGAACUUGUAUUUUUUAGUUGAUAUUUCUGCUUUACCAAUAUGGACGAUCAUUCAUCUUUUACCUUUUAAAUCAAUUAACGAUAAAUUACAACAUAUCCUAAUGUAUAAAUAAAUUCCAAAGCUUCUGUUAAAAAGAAUCGUUACGGAUACAUUAAAAUCUACUUCAAUUUACAUACAUUUUGUUACAAGAACGAGCUGUACAAUAAAAUUAUUAUGUCAGGCUGUUUAUGGUACAAACAUUUUAUCCAGUUACUCUAUCAAAUUUCAAUUGCAACAAAUGAAAUCUUAUAAUUUUAUACUACUUGCAUUUAAACG